UGAUAGAGGAAAAGGAGACAUGGUGGAGGUCUUCCUGUCGGCUCGACACCUGCAUUUGACAAAUGUUAUAUCCUUAAAAGGCCUUUUUUGACAGCAAUGAUGAUUCACAUCCCGUUUGCCGGCUAACAUGCUAAUAACGCUGUGCUACGUCUACAUGUGGGUGCGCUUUCACAAGUGCUACUCGGUGCUGAUCCGCCACACUCUGUCCAAACUGAAGAGCAGCAGCUUCUCCUUCAGCGUCUGCUCCAGCUCGACCUCAGCACCAAGCAACACACCGACAGCCGGACUCCACACAGCCGCACGUCGGGGUGUCAGCUCAAUUUCACCCGAGGAGACUGUCUUCCUUCGACUGGGAGACAAAGCCGUCUAUGUCACAGAACCUCAGGCAUGUGAUGACCUUAGCAAAUGGACUGUGCUGUUGGGUUCUUCUCUGGUUUGUGAUCCACAACUAGAGAAUGUUUCAUUCAUCAUAGAAUCUACAGGAAAUAGAGUGGAUUGCAGUUCUGAGAAAACAACAAACAAGAAAGUGCUGAAAUGGUCAGAUUAUUGUCUUCCUCUGGCCCGCAGCCCUGGUCAGCCAUUCAAGGCAGUCGCUCAGGCCACUGUUGAAAACUUCAGUCGACUGGGAGUUGCUUUCAUUGAAGAUCGUCUUCAGCUAGACAAUGGACUCACACCUUCAAAGAUAGUCCCUGUUGUCCUUCAAGAAUCCAUUGUCAGUGAGCUCUUGGAGAAGCAGUGUACACCAAGCACAAAGGGCUUAACUGACCUCAAGCCCUCACCAUCUCGUAAAAGCAACAUUCUUCUUCUCACGCCGCGUACAAAGAAGAGAGUUGAGGAACGACGUGGGUCAGAGCCACUCCACAGCAGCCAGCGUCUUGCACAGGUUGGUGAUUCUGAAGACCAUUCCUUGGGGAGUCAUCAUAUGGAGGGCCAUGGACGCCACCUCCAUCUGUCCAGCUGCCAUGAAUGUUUGGAGAUGGAGAGCAGCACAAUUCUCUCCGUCAAAUACGCUUCAGCUGAGAACAUUCCAGAUCUUCCUGAUGAUAACUCUGUUGAGCCGGAUGACAAAGAUGACAUUCUGGAUGAACAUCAGCAAGAUGAUACAGGUUUUUUUGGCCAAAGUGAUGGAUCUGACAGGAACAGCAAACCGCCAAAUGUUCUGGUGUUCACGGAUGGUUGCCAGAAACGCUUUGAAGCAGUACGUCAGCUUUUAUCAGAGCGAAUAAACAUGGAAAACAAUAUAAUAUAUCCCCUCCUACCACAGCAGGUUCUGAGCGAUCCAUGGUUGGACAACACCAAGCUCCUUGUAGUAGCAGAAGAGGAAGCUCUGACCCCUGAGCUUCAGACACGUUUCCUCACCUAUCUGAGUCAAGGUGGCAAAGUGUUGGGCCUCGCUUCCUCUCUGUGUCCUGCAGGCCUCACUCUGGAAGUCAGGCAGGAGCAACGAGAGCAGGUCAGAAAAAUGUGCUUCAUCAGGGAAGACAGCACAGAGCUGGAACUGUACGUGUUGACGAGUGGGAAGGUCUAUGUCAGAGAUACUCAGGGAGGAGGGGAAGUGGAACUGUGGGCCGAGCUGAAAGCAGAGGUCACUCAUCAGAGUGAUAUGGUUAUCGUCAAGGUAACCCAUGGAGAGGAUAGUGGGGAAGCUGUCCUUUGUCAGGCACACCUGGAAAUGACACCUGAGAAUUUAACAGCAGAUGGUUUUAAUAAAUUGAAGCUCAGUAAUGCACUGCGGUAUGAAGUCUUGACAGAGAUUCUCAUCUCUCUGGGCCUCAGCUGUGACCAAAACCAUACUUCAGCUCCAAGCCCAGUUCACUUGCUGGCCACGUCUCAGAAGGCCAAAGCUAGCUUCUUGAAGUGGAUCCAGACACGAGCAGAUAAAAAUGGCCUUGUCACACUGCCCAAGUGCUCCAUGAGGAUGGUGUCCUCUUCGGAGCUACAGGAUGGCCCAUCUCUGCCUGAGAGCUCUUUAGCCCUGGUCACCGACUCUUCUGAGUCCUGUAGCUGGGCGGAGUUCUGCAUGGAGACCUACAGAAAGAACCUGAAGACUAGUCUACUGGGAAACACCCUGCUGUACGCUGAGAAUGUUUCAUCUACGAUGGAUCUGUUAGAAGGGAUGAUUCUGAACGUACCGAUGGAUGUGGGUUUAAUCGCAGUAGCGAGUCGACAAAGCUAUGGGAAAGGUCGGGGGAAGAACAUGUGGCUCAGUCCUCUGGGUUGUGCCAUGUUCACUCUGAAGGUCCAGGUUGAGCUGAACUCCAGGCUCGGACACAGGAUCUCCUUCCUCCAGCACCUGGUAGCUCUGGCAGUGGUGGAAGCUGUUCGCACACUGCCUGGAUAUGAGGACAUAGACCUGAGAGUGAAGUGGCCCAAUGACAUCUACUACAGUAACCUGAUGAAGCUUGGUGGAGUGCUGGUGACUUCCACUUUUAUAGGAUCAACUUUUCAUCUGCUCAUAGGCUGCGGGUUCAAUGUGACAAACAGCAACCCAACCAUUUGCAUCAAUGACCUGAUCCAGCAGCACAACAUGGAGCAUCACUGCAGUCUGCAGCCGCUCAGCUGCGCCCAGCUCAUUGCUCGCACAGUCAACUGUUUGGAUGCUCUCUUCAAAAACUUCCAAAAAGGAGGCCCUGACGCAGUACUGCCCACCUACUAUAAAAGGUGGCUUCACAGCGGGACUACGGUGCGUCUCUGGAGUGAGGAUGGACUGGAAGCUGAAGUUGUAGGUUUGGACCAAAAUGGCUUCCUCGAAGUGCUCACCAAAGAACACGGCGUGGUCUCAGUGGAGCCGGAUGGAAACUCCUUUGACAUGCUGAAGAACCUGGUGAUCAUGAAGAAGCAUUAGAACCAAACUCAACAAACGUAUCUGUUAUCAUUAAUCUCUCAUCAUAGUAUAGUAAAGAUUUACAUUUAUCACAUCGCAAGUUAUGUUCUGCUUUAAAGCUUUUGCACGUUAGAUGCUUUUUUUUCACAUUUCACACAGUGAUGGCAUUUGCUGAGUGAUUUUGUGGCUUUUAUUUUUUUCGGAACAGGGUCAAAGUUUCUCUUCCAAUGGGAGUACAUGUUGUUUAUGACAUGACGCUAAAAAAUAACACAACCCUCCUAAAAUGCUCCCUCGGUCUUGGCUCUAUUUAGUUAUUUCUUUUCUUUUUAUCAAGUAAAAUUAUCACCAGAAGGUGACUCCACUUGUUUCUUACCAUGACCCGUUUUUCCCCCCUUAUAAUUUAUUCAUGAAUAGUGAGGAUGAGUCUAAAUUUAUUUUUUAUUUAUUGCAGUAUAUUCAUAUAAAUUGUAUUCUUUUUGUACAACAAAACAUACCUCAUAUGCAGUACAACAUUUAAUGAGACCAUUACCAAAAUUAGAAAUAAGUUUAGACCAUCAUGCACACUAAGGACGCACGGCCAUUGUAUUGAUAAUAACUGGCUUAAAAGGCAGCUGCAUACAAUGGUAUCUGUAUCAGUGACUGAAUAUGACCUGCUGGUUUAGGACCAAGUUGUGGGAUUUGUCACGAAAAAAUGCACGUUUUGCUUUUAAUAAUUUAAUCAAAGUAAUCAUUCCCACAUAAAUGUGCUGUUCACUUCUUUCAAUUCAUGGCCUUUUUUUCCAAUCACUGUCAUUAGCAGUUUACAACAUAAAAAAGAGACGGUAUGUCAGCUUUAUUUACUCGGCACCACAUCAGUGGACAUUUUAAGCGCUUUUUUAUAUUUUUGCAAUGACUAAUUUGUUUGUUUCAAACUAAACUAAAAUGUUUACUAUUCAAUAUCAGCAAUGUAGAAGUUUCUUAGCAACAUGUUUACAAAAGCAAGAACAGUGUCGGUGAAAUAGAUAUAUGGUCAGAGUGAAAAUGUCUCUGUACUGAAGGCAGUCGAUCAGAAGGAGAUUAAGCAAAUGGCUGACGCUUGGAUCCAUAUGUGCCCUACUCUCAACAUCCUAUUAAACAAUUUGAGUGGGCUCCUGCGGAGGUCAAAGGGAAAUCUCCUUUUUAUAUUGACCGUCUAACGGCGUCCUCAGGAGGAGAGUUCUCUGGCUCACCUUCAGACAGGAUAAAACACUGACGAAGGAAACAAAUGUAUACUCCAUCGCUCUACACUUUGAAAAUGCAUAUUUAGGACAUAUAAUUGUGCCACUUGACCUUGGGCUCUCAUGGUACUCACCUGCACGCCUCACGCCGACAUAUACAGUCGACUUAUCGUCGUCGUCUCCAUCCACAUCUUAUUGGGUUCAACUGACACAUUUAGCACCUUCUUUCUCUUUUGUCCUUGCAGUAGAAGUAAGUUUAAAAUAUCUUAUAAUCUCUUAUGAAAUAUGCAAUUUACUCCACAUCAGCGUUAUCAUGUAUGGAUAGAAUUUAACAAGCUGAUGAGAACAUAAUAAUUUAAAAAACUUUUUAGUGGCAUAAAUUAAAAAAAACAUUGCAUCACCAUUUAUGCACAAUUUUGUGAACUAAAUAUGAAACUGUCCAGUUUCAUAUUGAGUCCAUAGUAGCAAAUAAGAAAUCAUACACACUCUCUAAUAACGUACAAUAAUACAUCUAUUUGCUAUGGUUUGUGACAGUGAGAAGCCCCAGAAAAUCAGUUUAUUUGUCGUGAGCUUUGUUUUUAUUUAAGAAAUAAAAAAACUAAACAGAGAAUGAGCUUUCUAUGGAACAAGACCAGUUUGAAAACACACACUUGCCACAAGCAGAUGGGUUAUAUGCCUAAACCUAACUACAUCCAUAACCAGGACACAUGUAUCAUCGCCCGUAUUUGCAGUUAAAACAUUGCAUAUCAGGUGCAUGUGCAGGUCUGUAGACAAAAGAGUAGUUUGGCUACAUUUUCAAGGUGCAUCUAUAGCACAAAAAAGGCAGUUUUAUUGUUCUAUAGAAACAUGAGGUCUGAUCUCGGCUGUACUUAUUUUAUAUCUUUUUUGCUUUAUUCCCUUUUCACACCAACAUGUGUUGUUGUGAAACUUCUAAAUCAGCAACAGCCUGUCUGGUGUCACACAGUAGUCAUGUGACAUCGUGAUAUUAACUACAACACUGACAGAACUGGACAAACACAGUGGAGAAAUUAUUCCUUAACAGAAUUUUU